AUGUCUUCCCCUCAAACAAUCCUCCUCGAGGACACCUCCACCCCCUCCCCACCCCUCCUCGCUCUCCUACAAGCCCACCUCCCCCAUUCCAUCACCGUCCUGCGCCACCUCCAAUUCGCCCGCAACUUCCCUGGCGGCCACACCCCCAGCACCCAUAUCCUCUACGCCUGCCACGCAGAAGAGGACAACAACAACAACAGCCCAUCCCAAACCACCACCACCAACACCAACCCCCCUUUCGCCGUGGCCUUCGUCGACCUCUCCCGCGCGCCCGAGACCCAAAUCUCCCUCUACUCCUCCCUCGAGCGCACCGCCAACGAAGGCCACCACCGCGGCCAGCACCAGAACCCAAACCACUACCACCUGGGACCACCCGGCCCCCCGCAAGACGAAGCCUUCCCUCGACCUUCGUUCUUGCCCCUCCUACGGCCGCACACGGGGCGGGGUCCUUCGUCCCCUCCCCCCCCGGAUGGGGAAAUCUCUUUUUUUUCUUAA